GCCGCCAGGCUCAGCCCCGCUCCCGGCCCCGCCGCGCAGCCCAGGGACCUGCUAUGGCCACGUCUAUACUCGGGGAAGAGCCUCGCUUCGGAACGACCCCCUUGGCCAUGCUGGCGGCGACCUGCAACAAGAUCGGCAACACGAGCCCGCUGACGACGCUGCCGGAGUCGAGUGCCUUCGCCAAAGGCGGCUUCCACCCCUGGAAGCGCUCCGGGUCCAGCUGCAACCUCGGGUCCAGCCUCUCGGGCUUCGCCGUGGCCACCGGCGGCCGCGGCUCGGGCGGCCUGGCAGGCGGCUCGGGCGCCGCCAACAGCCUGCAGCGGCACCUGCGGACUCACACGGGCGAGAAGCGCUUCGCCUGUCCCGUGUGCAACAAGCGCUUCAUGCGCAGCGACCACCUGAGCAAACACAUUAAGACGCACAACGGGGGCGGCGGGGGCAAAAAGGGCAGCGACAGUGACACGGACGCCAGCAACCUGGAGACGCCCCGCUCGGAGUCCCCCGACCUCAUCCUGCACGACUCCGGCGUCAGUGCCGCCCGGGCAGCGGCGGCGGCCGCAGCGGUGGCAGCGGCCUCGGCGGGAGGCAAGGAAGCCGCGUCUGGCCCCGGCGACUCUUAGAGGUCUGGCGAGAGGCGCCAGCGAGCGAGCAGAGACGCCGGGAGCAAGUGAGAGGUUCAGAGGGCGAGCGAGCGAGGGACG